AUGAGAGGUCUCGUCGCUCUCUCUUUCGCCGCUGCUGCGGCCGCGGCCCCAACUGUCAGCUUUGAGACGGUCCACGGCGAGGCUGCCCCCAUUCUUUCGUCGUCAAACGCCGAAGUCGUUCCGGACUCGUACAUCGUCAAGUUCAAGAAGCAUGUGGACGACAGCUCAGCCUCUGCCCACCAGACCUGGCUCCAGGAGGUGCACACGUUCCGCGAGACGGAGCGUGCGGAUCUGAAGAAGCGCGGCCAGAAGCAGCUGGUCGACAAUGUCUUCCGUGGGCUGAAGCACACGUACAAGAUCGGCGAGAGCUUCCUAGGCUACUCGGGGCAUUUCGAUGAGGAAACCAUCGAGCAAGUCCGGAGGCACCCCGAUGUCGAGUACAUCGAGCGCGACAGCAUCGUUCGGACGAUGAGCACAACGCAAGAUCAGUGCGAUAGCGAACUUGAGAAGUCCGCGCCGUGGGGUCUGGCCCGUAUCUCGCACCGGGAUACACUGGGUUUCUCGACCUACAACAAGUACCUGUACGCUGCCGAAGGCGGUGAGGGUGUUGACGCCUACGUCAUCGACACCGGCACCAACAUUGAGCACGUCGACUUUGAGGGUCGCGCCAACUGGGGCAAGACCAUCCCCGCUGGCGAUGCCGAUGUUGACGGCAACGGCCACGGCACUCACUGCUCUGGCACCAUCGCCGGCAAGAAGUACGGUGUUGCCAAGAAGGCCAAGGUCUACGCCGUCAAGGUGCUCCGCUCCAACGGCUCUGGCUCCAUGUCCGACGUGGUUGCCGGCGUCGAGUGGGCUGCCAAGUCCCAUAUCGAGAAGGUCAAGGCGGCCAAGGACGGCAAGCACAAGAACUUCAAGGGCUCCGUCGCCAAUAUGUCGCUCGGUGGCGGCAAGACCAAGACCCUUGACGACACGGUCAACGCUGCCGUGUCGGUCGGUAUCCACUUCGCGGUGGCUGCCGGUAACGACAACGCCGAUGCCUGCAACUACUCCCCCGCUGCUGCCGCGAAGGCCAUCACUGUCGGUGCUUCCGCUAUUGACGACAGCCGUGCCUACUUCUCCAACUACGGCAAGUGCACCGACAUCUUCGCUCCUGGCCUGAGCAUUCUGUCCACCUGGAUCGGCAGCAAGUACGCCACCAACACCAUCUCGGGUACCUCGAUGGCCUCGCCUCACAUCGCUGGUCUCCUGGCCUACUACCUGUCGCUCCAGCCCGCCGGCGACUCGGAGUACUCGCUUGCUCCUAUCACCCCCGAGAAGAUGAAGGACAACCUCCUCAAGAUCGCCACCCAGGGCACUCUGACCGACAUGCCCAAGGACACCCCCAACCUGCUCGCCUGGAACGGCGGUGGCUGCAACAACUACACUGCCAUCGUCGACGCUGGCGGCUACAAGGCCGGCCACAAGACCACCACCGACAAGAUCGACAUCGGCACUUCGGUCUCGGAGCUCGAGAAGCUCAUUGAGCACGACUUCGAGGUUGUCUCUGGCAAGGUGGUCAAGGGCGUCUCGUCGUUUGCGGGCAAGGCUGAGGAGUUCUCCAAGAAGAUCCACGAGCUGGUUGACGAGGAGCUCAAGGAGUUCCUCGAGGAUAUCGCUGCUUAA